UUGCUCCAUUUUCCAAUUGCCUUCCAUUUUCUCCAUCAAAAUCUUUCUUUAGCCCCUUCGAGGAAACCCACCAGAAGACUUAUUGCAAAAACCUUUUUACCGUACCCUUAUAUAAAGAACUGUAGGCUGUAGACUUAUGAGCUUAUAUUGGCAGCCAUGGAUGUGCUUGGUGCUAACCACGUGAGCAGCAAAAGGCAGGCAAAAAGGAUCAGCAAGAAGCCUAUCAAGGUGGUUUACAUAUCCACCCCCAUGAAGGUGAAGACGAGCGCCUCCAAGUUCCGGGAUCUCGUGCAGGAGCUCACCGGCCAGGACUCCGACACGACGCGGUAUGCGGAGGUUAAUGGUGCUGAUCAUGAAGACGCUUGUCAUCAUCAUCAACGCUCUACUGAUCAACAGUUCAGGACUAUGGUUGAUGAGGCAUCUGGGUUCCCUUUGUCAAAUUCUUACUUCAAGUUGCUGCAGCCAUAUUCUGAGUCUUCGUUCAAUCCAUCACAGAACAUGCUUAGAGGCUUCGAUUCAAUGUAAAAAAUGUUGCAUAUAUGCUGUUUAGUUUUAAUUAGUUUUUUUUUUUUUAUAGAUUUUUUUUUUUUUGAGUUUCUACUUUUCUGUGUGUAAUAAAUAAGUCAUAAUUAAUUAUAGCUCUUUGAUAUUUAUCUA